CCAAACAUGGGCCUCUAGCCCAACACGGCAUACAAAUUCGGCCCAAAAAUAAAUCCCAUUCUAACAACGGCCCAAGUACGCUGCGCUUGGCAGCCACCACCUCUCGGCAAACUCCUCUUCGCGCCGCCGCCGCCCGCCAUCGCCGCUCCCCCCCGCUCGCCAUUGCCGCCGCCCUACCGUUCCAAAGCUUCCCGGCCACCUCCCCGCCCCGCCUUCGCUCUCGCGCGAGAUGCGUCCACGCGAGCCUCUGAGCUGCCCGUCGGCGGCAUGAACCCGGUCGCUCGCCCACCCGCGUUGCGGACGCUCUCCGCCCUCCUCUGCCCGCGCAGGCGGCUAUGCGGAGUCCACGCGGGGAGCGGGGGCGAGGGGAAUGGCUCUGGGAGGAGCGAUGGUGGCGGCGUCCGCGUGGGAGGGGAGGGGGAGGAGGAGGGGGAGGUAGGCUUGGAUGCUGACCGCGUCCCGGAGGAGGUGCUGCUCCGGCUGCCGACGCCCGGCCGGGCUGAGACCGACGACGAUGAUGGCGAAAAUUUGUCCCCUGGCGUGGGGUCCGGUUCCAGGAGGAGGCUCUCCGAGGAGUUGAGGCUGGAGGCUGAUAGGAUUGUUAAGAUCCUUCUCCAGGACGGCCCGGGGUUCAACACCCGCCAGGCGCUCGACGAAAUGCGGCCGAGGGUGUCCAACGCGCUUGUCAGGAAAGUUCUGCUCAAGAUUGUUUUCUCGAUUGACAGUGUGAGCCAUGCAAGGUACCCGAGUCUGGCUUACAAGUUUUUCUUGUGGGCGGAGCAGCAGGAGGGAUACCGGCACGGCACGAGCAUGUACAACCUCAUCUUGAAGAUCUUUGCUGAGUGUGGCGAGCUCAAGGCGAUGUGGCGGCUGCUUGAGGAUAUGACGGAGAAAGGGCUGCCUGUGUCUUCCCGGACGUUCCACCUCUUGGUAUGCACGUCUGGGCAGGCUGGGUUGAGGCGGAGGCUGGUGGAGAGGUUCAUCAAGUCAAGUAACUUCAAUUAUCGCCCGUUUAGGAACUCAUUCAAUGCGAUAUUGCACACUCUCCUGACAAUAGGACAGUACUCGUUGAUUGAGUGGGUUCACCAGAAAAUGAUCGAUGAGGGCCACUCACCUGAUGUAUUGACAUACAACGUGGUUAUGCGUGCCAAGUAUAUGCUCGGGAAGUUGGAUCAAUUCCAUAAGUUGCUUGAUGAGAUGGGGAAAAAUGGGCUUGCACCUGACCUGUACACGUACAAUCUUUUGCUUCAUGUGCUUGGUAAAGGAGACAAACCACUUGCUGCUCUCAAUUUACUGAACUAUAUGAGUGAUGCUGGCUGUGUACCGAAUGUGCUCCAUUUCACAAACUUGAUAGAUGGUCUCAGCCGUGCUGGCAACCUAGAAGCUUGCAAGUAUUUCUUCGAUGAGAUGGUCAAGAAAGCGUGUCAGCCAGAUGUGGUUUGCUACACUGUUAUGAUCACGGGUUAUGUGGCAGCUGGGGAUUUCGAUGAAGCCCAGAAGUUCUUCGAUGAUAUGCUGCUGAGAGGGCAACUUCCGAAUGUGUACACUUACAAUUCCAUGAUAUGUGGGCUUUGCGUAGUAGGAAAAUUUGAUAAAGCCUGCUCUCUGCUGAAGGACAUGGACUUGCGUGGAUGCACUCCAAACUUUAAAGUGUAUAGUACUCUAGUGAGUAGGUUGCGAAAUGCUGGGAAGGAUUCUGAGGCUAACAAUAUCAUUCAGUAUAUGACAAAUAAGGGUCAUUAUCUUCAUUUAUUGUCAAGGUUCAGGGGAUAUAGAAGAUGCUGAGAUGUGAGGCCCCAUAGACAGUUGCAGAGUGUAAUUUUGUUGUAUUUUCCAAUUUGGGAAGAUGGAUCAUAAGGGAGUAUUCUGUGAGGUAAACCAUUCACCCUUGAACUGUCACUGUGGCACAUGCCAUGUAAGGGUUUCUUAUCUGUUGAUUCAGUACAGAAAUGCAACACUGUAUACUUAAUUGUUUUAUGCACUAAUGAAAUGGGAUAGGGUGGGGCUCCCUAGUGUGUCAUAAAUCCUAAUCAUAGCUCUUGAUCAAGGAAUUCAACCCUGA